GAGUCCCUCAAGUCUCAAAGUGUGGAGCUUUCGUCCCUGACCCAACGAACCCCAUUCAAAACGUUGUAAGAAUAGUUCCACUGCAUUGUACACUCACCCCCUAGCUACGUCCUCUAUCUCUAUAUAAACUUCCAUUAGUCCCCAGAAAGCUCACUUCUAUUCUCCAGCCCAAAUACCUCUUCAAACACAAGCCUAGCUAUUAGUGAUAAUGGCCACCAUUCAAGCUUCAAUUCUCCUUUUCCGCUCUGCUUCGCCUUCUACCACACUAACCCCAAAAGUUCAAACCCAUCGUCUUUCAGCUCAUCAGCACCUGAUGAAUUCAUUCAUCAACAAAUUGAAUGGCCAACAAAAAUUCUACACUAUGACCAAGACUUCGACCGGGAGGCAUAGGAAUAGGAGUAGGAUAAAUUCAAGAGGAAAUGAAGUAGAACCCAAUAUAGAGGCGUCUGAAGAGCUCCAUAGCAUAAUGAAUCUCGUAGCAGAUAGAGCCGAAAUGCACAAAAACAUCGGUAUACAACGAGAUAACUGGAACCAUCUCCUCUUAACUUCCAUCAACGGCAUGACGGUAACAGCAGCCACUAUGGCCGCCCUCGCAGCCAUUAGUGGAGAAGGAAAUUCCCUUUUGGCACUAAAGCUGUCUUCCACUAUACUGUACGCGGCUGCCACUGGGGUUUUGUUGGUGAUGAACAAGAUCCAACCGUCUCAACUCGCAGAAGAACAAAGAAACGCUUCGAGGUUGUUUAAGCAACUUCAUGAACAGAUAAAAUCUGGGAUAACUCUAAGAAAACCGACUUCUAAUGAUGUGAAGGAUGCAAUGGAGAGGGUUUUGGCCAUAGAUAGAGCUUACCCGCUUCCUUUGCGAGGAGCAAUGCUCGAUAAGUUUCCCAAAGCUGUGGAGCCAGCUGUGUGGUGGCCAAAGGAAAUGAGAAACCAAAAGGAGAUUUCUGGUGGUGGUGGUGAGGGGAGGAGAAACGGGUGGAGCGAAGAGCUUGAAGAAGAGAUGAGAGAGGUGGUUGGGGUGAUGAAGAGGAAGGAUGGUGCUGAGUAUUUGAGGCUAAGUAAAUUGGUGUUGAAGGUGAACAAGGUUCUAGCCAUUACUGGACCUUGGCUCACUGGUCUAGCCGCGGUGGGGUCAGCCUUGGCGGGAACACCUUGGAUCGGGUCGUGGGCUGUUGUUAUGGGGGUCGUGUUUGGGGCUUUGGCUACAGUGGUUAACACAAUAGAGCACGGUGGUCAAGUUGGGAUGAUAUUCGAAAUGUACCGAAGCUCUGCCGGGUUCUUUAUGCUCAUGGAAGAGAGCAUAGAAUCAACACUGGAAGAGAGAGCAGCAGAAGAGAGAGAGAACGGGGAGGUGUUUGAAACAGAAGUGGCUCUUAAGCUGGGACGAAGUUUACCGGAGCUCAAAAAUCUUGCGCAAGAGUUUGCAAGCAAACUCUUUUGACUCUUAAAUACAACGUAUAUAUGUACACACUUUGGACGAGCAUCAGUUGCGCAUGCUGUAUAACAUAUACAUAUACAGCAUGUGGUUCUUUUACGGGAACAAAUAAAAGGAAACUAAGGAAAAUUAA